GUUUAAUGUUUGAUAUUUAACAUGAAAAUUUUAUUUUUCAAAAGAUACCUACUACCUUGUUACAGGUACAUUUUGCAUUUGCAAUGCCUAAAGUAAUAAACCCUAUUUGGGAGUAUUUUGAAAAAAAAAAUUCACAACCAUCUAAGGCAGAAUGCAAGCUCUGCAGGAAAACAGUGUCUCUGGGAAGUUUGCAACCUAAGCUUCAAACUAUUAAAGGGUUAAAACUACAUUUAUCGAAAUAUCAUUUGACAGAAAACGAACAUUUUUUAAUACAAAUAGAUGACCUGAAAAACCAAGCAGCUGAAAAGCAAAAUAAUUUAAAAUCAGCGGGCCCUGUACUUCUUGAAACAGACAAGAAGACUCAACCUACGAUGCAGCAAUUGCUGGCGAAUCCGCCAAAAGCCCAAUGGCCCCAUGACCAUGACAUAACAAAACGCAUAGAUAAGGCUAUCAUGGAUUAUAUAUUAGUUGACAUGCAGCCUUAUAACACUGUGUCAGGAAAAGGAUUUAAGCGCUUAAAUUUUGCGGACCCUGCAGGACCAAAAAAAUAUAAAUUGAAAUCUGAAAAAUUUUUUCGCACCCAACUAAUGCCGGAAACUUUUGAAAAAGUUAAAACUAAAGUAGUCAAUUUGCUAUGUGAGGCCGAGUGGAUAAGUUUUACUACAGACAUUUGGUCAAAUCCUACUAAAACUUGUUCACUUCUGAGUUUUACGGCCCAUUUUGUGCACAAUGAACAACGACCAAAAGUAAUCUUGGGUGCAUCAGUUUUAGAAAAUGACCACACGGGCGACUAUAUCUCCGAGAAACUGAAAGAAGUAGUCGAAGAUUAUAAUAUAGGCUCUAAAAUCCACCUUGCUCUUCGCGAUAAUGCUGGGAACAUGGCCCGUGCUACAAGGGUUGCGGAGUACGAUUCGUUGGGCUGUGUGUCUCAUACACUACAACUGGUGAUUCAUGACGCAAUUUUAUCGGUGCCAAACAUAAUAACAAUACUAAAAAAGUGUCGUAAAGUAGUCGGACACUUUCAUAGAAGUGAGCAGGCACGGAGGUAUUUAAAUACUUUCCAAAAAACUUUAAAUUUACCAGAACACACCCUAUUCCAAGACGUGGAAACACGUUGGAACAGCACGUACUUAAUGUUGUCACGGUUGAUUGAGCAAAAAAAUGCGAUUAAUCUAUACCGUGUCGAAAGGGGCUCAAUCAAUGAAAUUAAUAACGAAGAAUGGACGACGAUGCAAGAUGCUGUCAGUGUAUUGGAAUGUUUUUAUGAGGCCACAUUAGACAUGUCGUCAGAUGCAUCAUGUGUCUCCUUGGUGAUACCUUUAGUAGCCAUGUUAAGUGGAAAACUUGCGUCAACUAGCGGGCAAAGUCAGUUUGUAGCGUCGGCAGAUACUGCAAUGUCAGCAGAUAUAGAAAACAAUGAAAGUGAUGCUCUUCAAAAUUGUGCUGCUGCUGAGAUGAAAAGCAAGUUGUUGUGCUCACUCAAUCAUCGCUUUUCAUUCAUACGAACAUCGAGCCCCUUAAUUUGUGCAACAUUGUUGGAUCCCCGAUUCAAAACAAAAUAUUUGACCGAAAACGAGGUAAACGGAGCCAAGACUAAAAUUUUUGAAGUUUUACAAUUAGGUACACCGGCAGGACUUGGAGAGCGUCAGGGUGGAGCGUCAACUUCAGUUAGAUCCGUCAAUGAGACAAGUUUGUGGGCAGCUCACGACUCCAUCGAGUCUGAUGACGACCCAAUGACGGACAACUCACUUGAAUCGUCACUUGACAAUUAUCUGAGAGAGCCAAGGCUGCAUAGGAAUGCAAAUAUCUACGAAUACUGGCAUUCAUCGCCUUACCAACUCCUGCGCCCUGCAGCAAAAAAAUUUUUGUCUGCUCCACCAACAAGUGUGGCUAGCGAACAGCUUUUUAGCAGGGCUGGUCAAUUGUACGACGAGCGGCGUCACAAUUUAACUGGCCACAACGCUGAAAAGUUAUUGUUUUUGUGCUAUAAUAUAGAACUAUUUAAUUUUGAUUAUUAAUGUCUUUUCGUCGUCUUUUAUCAGACCCACU